AUGAAACAACACCUUGCUGGGAAAAAAGGAGAUGCAAUUAGUUGUAAAAGUGUGCCACAUGAUGUUCGCUAUCAAUUGGAUGAAAACUUGAAAGAAAUUGAUCAAAAGAGACCAACUAAGAAAUUGAGAAAACAAGAAGAGGAUAAUCCAUUGGAAGUAGAUGAUGGAAUUGUGCAAGAAAUAAUUCCUCCAAGUAAAGAAGCUUGGUAUAAAGCGGAUUUAGCUGUGGUUAGGUGGUUGUAUGAUUGUUGCAUUCCUAUGAAUGCUGUAAAUUCUGUUUACUAUCAGCCUAUGAUAGAUGCUAUUUCAGUUAUUGGCCCUGGUUAUAAAGGACCAACUUACCAUGCCGUGAGAACCAAAUUAUUACAAGACAUGAAAAAGGAGGUGCAAUUAUUGGUUGAUGAAUGUAGAAACUUUUGGGCUGAGAUUGGAUGUACAAUAAUGGCUGAUGGUUGGCAGGAUCAAAGAAAUAGACAAUUGAUUAAUUUUCUUGUUUACUGCCCUAGAGGAAUGGUCUUCAUUAGAUCUAUUGAUGCAUCGGAUAUUGUUAAGGAUGCUCAAAAUCUUUGCAACUUAUUCAUGGAUAUGGUUGCUUUUGUUGGUACAGAUAAUGUUGUCCACUUGGUAACUGAUAAUGCAGUUGCUAACAAGAAGAAAGCUUUGGACCCUGUUGAUUAUGAAAGUAUUGAUAAGAUUGAGUAUUGGGUAAUGGAAGAAGAUGAUUGUUCUUUACUCAAUAUUGAUGAGAUAGAACGAGAUCUCAUUUAUGAUGACACAGUGCUAUCAAAAGCUAUCGUUCAUCAAGAGUAUGAGGAAGAUAAUCAGCAAAGAGGCAACGUGGCAGAUGGUGAAGCCAUUGGUGGACUUGAUUUACAAUUAUUUUCUCAAGAGGAUGUUGAUAGCUUUAGUAAAGAUGUUGAUGCUUUUGAGCCUGCCCAUGCUUAG